AUGAGACAUUGGAACUUAAUGUGGGACAUAGUGUGGGACAAAGAGCUGCAGAUUUGCUUAUGGGAAUUACUGGAUAUUCUACUUGGUAACCACUCUCAAAGUACAUUAUUUAGGUGCUCUACCUUUGUUAUCAAAUCAGAGCAAUCACAGUUUGCUAAAAAUUUGGAAAGUUACUGGAAAGGAGUAAUUCAAGAAUGUGAGAUAUGGGUUGGUCUUGCCGAGUUCACCAGAAAGUGGCAUAAAAAAGAUAAUGAAUCUGACAUUAGCUCGAACUCUGAUGAAGUAAAUUUUGAGAAAGUUUUCGAAGGAGAAUUUUUUGAUGGAUUUCAUGAUAGAGAGGAUGAUAAUGGUAAUUCUUCAGACUCUAAAAGUUUGGACUCCCACAGUUCUCGACAAAGAAGAACAAAGACUUCCACCACAUCUUCCACCUACUGA